CAACAGAACGUUUUUCGGCCCCCUAUUACCUUACUGUCAAGAUGGCGGUCCCCAGGAGCUGUGUUCUAAGGACCUAUUGCGGGCGUAGCUGGUUGCGGUUGAUGCGAACUGGCGGGCCCCAGUGGCUUCAUAGUUCCUUGCCCGGGGGCUUGCUGGGUGCGCGGCUCUUGUCCCAAGAGAAGCAAGCAACAGAAACGCACUUCGGGUUUGAGACUGUGUCGGAGGAGGAGAAGGGGGGCAAAGUCUAUCAGGUGUUUGAAAGUGUGGCCAAGAAAUAUGAUGUGAUGAACGAUAUGAUGAGUCUCGGCAUCCAUCGUGUUUGGAAAGAUAUGCUGCUGUGGAAGAUGAACCCACUACCUGGGACUCAACUGCUCGAUGUUGCUGGAGGCACAGGUGACAUUGCAUUCCGGUUCCUUAAUUAUGUUCAGGCACAGCAUCAAAGAAAACAGAAGAGGCAGUUAAAGGCCCAACAAAAUUUAUCCUGGGAGGAAAUUGCCAAAAAGUAUAAGAAUGAAGAAGAUCCCUUGGGUGGUUCCCAUGUCAUGAUCUGUGACAUCAACAGGGAGAUGCUAAAGGUGGGGAAGAAGAAGGCCUUUGACCAAGGAUACAAAGCUGGACUUGCAUGGGUACUGGGAGAUGCUGAAGAACUGCCCUUUGAUGAUCACAAGUUUGAUGUUUACACCAUUGCCUUCGGGAUCCGGAAUGUCACACAUAUUGACCAGGCACUCCAAGAAGCUCAUCGGGUCCUGAAGCCUGGAGGAAGGUUUCUGUGUCUGGAGUUUAGCCAAGUAAACAAUCCCCUCAUAUCCAGGCUUUAUGAUCUAUAUAGCUUCCAGGUCAUUCCUGUCCUAGGAGAGGUCAUUGCAGGAGACUGGAAGUCCUAUCAAUACCUUGUGGAGAGUAUCCGGAAGUUCCCAUCUCAGGAAGAAUUCAAGGAGAUGAUAGAAGAUGCAGGUUUUCAAAAGGUGACUUAUGAAAGUCUUACUUCAGGCAUUGUGGCCAUUCAUUCUGGCUUCAAACUUUAGCUCCUUUUCCUGUCCUGAAGAGAGAUCCACUCAUACACUAUUGAAAGCCUGGAACUGAAGGAUAAUCCAGCUGAGACAGCCGCUGAGCAUCUCCUAUUAAGGAUAUGAACCAUGGGCUCAUGUUCUGAAACAACCAAAGAGAAAGAAACAAAUUCCUGUCUUUUUUUUGUAACUUUCAUUAGAAGCUGCUCAGACCUUUUCUCAGA